GAGGGGGCUCCGCGACCACCGCCGCCUCGGGCCCCGGGCGGCGCGGCGCUGAGGCGGCGGCGCGGCCCCUCCCGGAGGGCACCAUGGAGGUGAAUGCGGGAGGUGUGAUUGCCUAUAUCAGUUCUUCCAGCUCAGCCUCUAGCCCUGCCUCCUGCCACAGUGAGGGCUCUGAGAACAGUUUCCAGUCCUCCUCUUCUGUUCCGUCAUCUCCAAACAGCUCCAACUCGGAUACGAAUGGUAAUCCCAAGCACGGAGAGCUCCCCAAUAUUGAAGGCAUCCUGAAGAAUGAUCGGGUAGAUUGCUCCAUGAAAGCAAGCAAGUCGAGUGCACCAGGGAUAACAAAGAGUCACAGUGGCGUGACAAAGUUCAGUGGCAUGGUUCUGCUGUGUAAAGUCUGUGGGGAUGUGGCGUCAGGAUUCCACUAUGGAGUUCAUGCCUGUGAGGGAUGUAAGGGCUUCUUCCGGAGAAGUAUUCAGCAAAACAUCCAGUACAAGAAGUGCCUGAAGAAUGAAAACUGCUCUAUAAUGAGAAUGAACAGGAACAGGUGUCAGCAGUGUCGCUUCAAGAAGUGCCUGUCUGUGGGCAUGUCGAGAGAUGCUGUCAGGUUUGGCCGUAUUCCUAAGCGUGAGAAACAGAGGAUGCUGAUUGAAAUGCAAAGUGCGAUGAAGACCAUGAUGAACAGCCAGUUCAGUGGUCAGUUGCAGAAUGACACCUUAGUGGAACACCGUGAACAGACGGCCUUACCAGCCCAGGAACAGCUGCGACCCAAGCCCCAGCUGGAGCAAGAAAACCUGAAAAACUCUCCUCCUCCCCCUUCUGAUUUUGCAAAGGAAGAAGUGAUUGGCAUGGUGACCAGAGCCCACAAAGAUACCUUUAUGUAUAAUCAGGAGCAGCGAGAAAACUCCGCUGAGGGCAUGCAGCCCCAGAGAGAACAGAUUCCCAAGAACAUGGAGCAGUAUAAUUUAAAUCACGACCAUUGUGGCAAUGGGCUUAGCAGUCAUUUUCCCUGUAGUGAGAGCCAGCAGCAUCUCAAUGGACAGUACAAAGGGAGGAACCUCAUGCAUUACCCAAACGGGCAUGCCAUUUGUAUUGCAAAUGGACAUUGUAUGAACUUCUCCAAUGCUUAUACUCAAAGAGUAUGUGAUAGAGUUCCAAUAGAUGGAUUUUCUCAGAAUGAGAACAAGAAUAGUUACCUGUGCAACACUGGAGGGAGGAUGCAUCUGGUGUGUCCAAUGAGUAAGUCUCCGUAUGUGGAUCCACGUAAGUCAGGGCAUGAAGUCUGGGAAGAAUUUUCAAUGAGCUUCACGCCAGCAGUGAAGGAAGUGGUGGAAUUUGCCAAGCGCAUCCCUGGGUUCCGAGAUCUCUCUCAGCACGACCAGGUCAACCUUCUGAAGGCCGGAACUUUUGAGGUUUUAAUGGUACGAUUUGCGUCACUAUUUGAUGCAAAGGAGCGCACUGUCACCUUUUUAAGUGGAAAGAAAUACAGUGUGGAUGAUUUACACUCAAUGGGAGCAGGCGAUCUGCUGAACUCCAUGUUUGAAUUUAGUGAAAAGCUAAAUGCCCUGCAACUUAGCGAUGAAGAGAUGAGUUUGUUUACAGCAGUUGUCCUUGUAUCCGCAGAUCGGUCUGGAAUAGAAAACGUCAACUCUGUGGAGGCUUUGCAGGAAACCCUUAUCCGUGCACUAAGGACCUUAAUAAUGAAAAACCAUCCAAAUGAAGCCUCGAUUUUUACAAAACUACUUCUAAAGUUGCCAGAUCUUCGAUCUUUAAACAACAUGCACUCUGAGGAGCUCUUGGCCUUCAAAGUGCACCCUUAAGGCCUUCGUUUAUUGGAACAUGAACUGAUGCGAACUGUACAUUUGUGCUACAAUGCUUAUUUAUACGUGUACGCCGUAUGUGAAGAUGCAGAGGCCUUUCAGACGAUACAAGAUUGUAGGCUGUCUGUAAACACGCACUAGCUGUCUGGACUAAGAGCUCUUCAGCCACGAGUAGACAUUGACCGCAUCCGCCCGAUAGACCAAUCAGCUGUGUCGCACUUAAACUGGAGAAGUUACACUGAAUUAUAAUCACACUGAAUGUUAGACUUUCAUCUGCCAAAACCAAAAACCAUUUUGAUCUCCCUGUGGUAUAAAUGUAUAACGCACAAUCACAAGUAUAAGAGGACUUAGAGAUUCAUCCUUUGUAGAAGUUCUGUUUGAGUGGUGGGUAACUUGGUGUUCAUCCCAAGACCUUUUGGUCUGGUAAUUGGAGACUUUGGGAGUUAGGAGGUUUCCAUGGCUGUAUUUUGCUUUGCCACUGUUAAGGCAUGUGGCCCUGAGUGGGUUACUGGGUUGUGGAAAAUGAAAUUGAUAGGGUCCCCAAUGCCCCAGCUUACAUACUAAAACAUGUUUAUAAAGCAUAUGUACCUCUUGGGAGAUAGGCACUAUGUAAAUAAGGUGACAUUUUUGUUAUAAUUAUUCAUAAUAUUCUUUUCUAAUUUCUACGUACUUCUGGGAAAUCAUUUCACAGUUCACACAAGUCUAUUCAGGGUUCCUGCAUAUGUGUGGGUAUCCUACUGAUACACACAUAUUCAAAGUUUAUGAGUACAUCAAGUACAUAGUAUAUGUACAUAAUAUGUAUGUGAAUAUAGUUAUACAUAAAUAUAUAGUCUUCACAAUAUUUUAAACUGUGAAGAACUUUAUCAUAAAAUAAACUUAAAACAAGAGGUGUCAGAAGACCCAAAUUAGGUGCGUUUUACCUGUUGAUGAUGAUAUAACCAUUGCUUUAAAAUGUUUAGACAGUAGAUACUGAAUUUAUGCUGUUUUUGUUUACUUAAGCAACAGUUAAUAUAAAAGUGCAACAGGCAAUUGAGUCCAGAUUUCAAAACUGUAUCUCAGAGUUCAUCAUUGGUGAAGUCUUUGGUCAAGGUACUAGUCAUUUAAAAGUUCAUUCAGAUUCUUACCUUGUACUAAAAAAGGUUGCAUUGCUGCCCCUUAUACACAUGCUGCAGCUUGAUGAUAAAGAAUUUCGAUUCUUUCUGGAGAACUAAUUAAUGUUUAAGGAAACCAUGUUUAUUAUACUGGGGUGUGUGUGCGCGGGUGUGUGUGCAUGUGUUCUGAGUCCAUUUGUUGUGUGUUUCUUUCUAAGUAAUACUACAGGGAUUUUAUCAAAUGGGAUUUCCUGUGUAAUUUGAAAAAUCAUUUAGUGUGUGACCUACAGGCUUAGAAAUGGUGUAGUCAAAGACAUUUCAUCCCCAUGGCUUGUAGUGGGCUUUGUUAAAUAGCUCAGCUCAGUCUCUGUUUAUGGCAGUAGGAGAAAUAGCCAAAAUUGAGGAUUUUAUGUAUGUUUUUCUGUUCCCCUGGCAAGUAACAAUUCACUGGUUUAUUUUGGAUAAAGAUUGCCUUCUAUAUAAUGCUUAGAUUAUAUAAAUGGUAAAAAUAAGAGCCCACUUCCCUAGGCCUGUGACUGUCAUGCGAGCAGAAUGCCUUAUUUUGUAAUCUUGUUUAACUUGUUGCUACUGGGACUUGAAUUUCUGUGGCACUAGUUAAGUAAGUUCAAAAGUUAAAUCCUCUCAUUAUUAAAGAGGAGAGGCGAUGGUGAUGUCUGUAAUACAAUAAAAACCAUAAUUGUGAUUUACCUUAAGUAGGUAUGACUUUUAUGGGAUAUACAGUAUAGUUUUUUGUGAAUCCUUUACAUGAUAGCAUUAUCUUUUUAUAAUUUUUUUCCUAAGAUAAACAAAGGCAUAGUUUUCUUCUAUAGGGGAUAGAAACAGCUUUUUGAAGUAAUCUGAAAAACCUCAAUGAUCAUCUUGGUUCUUAAUUUUUGCCUUUUGCGUAAGCCUCUUUAUAACAUGUAUCUUUAAAGCAGUUAAGUCUUUAGGAACGUGUAACCAGAACUAUGUUAGAAUUGCUUAUAAAACUUUAGUUAGGUUCAAUAUAAAAUACAUGUAUACAUCUAUAAAUAGAUAUAUAGAUUCACAUUUUGUCUUGUAAAAUUUUAUUUGAAUAAAUUCUUCCUUUAGGUAAUGGGAAAUAAAAUUAAUGGUUCCUAUGCCACUUGUAGCAUUUCUGUAUUUGAAAAUAGCCCACUAUGAAACUUCAAAUUCUGAAAUUAAACCAGCAGCCUGUUACAAGCACAUUCUUUGACUGAGUCAUUGGUUAUAAACUUCCUGAUGCAGAGCAGACAGCCAGCGUAGGGAACUGUUGAUUAUUAAUAACGCACUGUAUGAACUAAGUGAUGCUUUGUCUCUGAUUUCACAUUCAAAGUUCAAAUAUGGGCAUUAUGUCAGCACACUUAAGGGCAUUAUGUCAGCGAGCUAAAACAUUUUUUUCCUGUGCUUUCAGUGUAUCUGUACAUGAUCUGAGAGAAGAUUUAAGCUUUUUAGAGAGAAAUAGCUGAGGGGAAGGGAAAACACCAUGAGAUGGAGCUUGUCCUGAUGGUGAUGGUUUCAUUGCACAUUAAAAAACGAGAAGCAAACGUCAAUGGAUAACAUGUAUAGCUUUCAUAUCUACACUUCAAGGAAUUAUCAUUGUAACUUGAUAAGAGAUGAUUUGUUUUAUAUAAACACCAUUGCAAAGCAAAGUGUAGAAGCUCAGCUAGACUUACGUUGUGCACGAGAGUAAAUACCUAUCUGAAUUAUUAUUUUUUUUUCCAAUAUAAAGUUUGCUGAAUGUACCAGAAGAGUUUAUCACUUAGGAUAUAGAAUUUUUUUAGGGGUUGGGGGGAGGGCUCUGUCUGGAAAAUUGUUACCUAUAAAGAUUGUCUUGAUUUGAUCCAAAACAUAAAACUUGAAUCUAUUCUUGAAUUAAAAUGGAAGAAUAAAAUGGCUAUUGUUUUAAAAAAUGAUAGAAAUAUAUUGUUGAUAGGAUGUGAGUUAAGCUUAUUUUCUACAGACUGUAACUGGUGAGGACAUGGAUAAUAUCUUCUUGUUUCUGAGAAGUGAUCUGUACAUGGGGGGGGGCGAGAAUAAUAAAUAUUAUUUCUAACCAAAUGUGGUGUUUGG